CGCCAUAUUUAAUACAUCCGAUGCUAGCCACCCUUAGCUGUUAGCUGACAGAAACUUUAAACUGGACACGGAAAGGUUCAGCAAGCCCUCACUUUUCUCCAAAAUGAAUGUAGUGGAUCAUGUUCGGGAUAUGGCUGCAGCUGGCCUUUACUCCAAUGUCCGCAUAUUGAGCAGUUUGUUGCUGACGAUGAGUAAUAAUAACCCAGAGCUGUUCUCACCGGCCCAGAAGUACCAGCUGUUGGUUUACCAUGCUGAUGCCAUCUUCCAUGACAAGGAAUACCGCAAUGCUGCCUGCAAAUACAGCAUGGCUCUUCAGCAGAAGAAGGUGCUCAACAAAACAUCCAAGGUUCGAACCUCAACUGGUGGAGCUGCUGCCAACAUCCAGGCACAGAGUUUGCCGUCAGAAAUCGAGGUAAAGUACAAGAUAGCUGAAUGCUACACCAUACUGAAACUGGAUAAAGACGCUAUCGCUGUUCUGGACGGGAUCCCAUCAAGACAAAGGACCCCAAAGAUCAACAUGAUGCUGGCUAACCUGUACAGGAAAGCCGGACAGGAACGCUCGGCCGUGACGAGCUACAAAGAGGUGCUCAGACAGUGUCCGCUCGCCUUGGACGCCAUCAUCGGUCUUCUCUCUCUGUCAGUGAAAGGAGCGGAGGUCGCCUCCAUGACCAUGGAUGUGAUCCAGAAUCUCCCCAACCUGGACUGGCUCUCUGUGUGGAUCAAAGCGUACGCCUUCAUCCACGCCGGGGACAACCAGAGAGCCAUCAACACUAUCUGCUCUCUAGAGAAGAAGUCACUGCUGCGGGACAACGUGGACCUCCUGGUGAGCCUGGCCGACGUCUACUUCAGGGCAGGCGACACCAAGAACGCCAUUCUUAAAUUUGAACAAGCUCAGAUGCUGGACCCGUACCUCAUCAAAGGUAUGGAUGUCUACGGCUACCUGAUGGCCCGGGAGGGACACCUGGAAGACGUGGAAGUCCUGGGAGGACGGUUGUUUAAUAUUUCUGACCAACACGCUGAACCCUGGGUGAUCUCUGGCUGCCACAGCUUUUACAGCAAGCGCUACUCCAGAGCCCUCUACUUGGGGGCCAAAGCCAUCCAGCUGAACAGCAACAGCGUCCAGGCCCUACUCCUGAAGGGGGCAGCACUGAGGAACAUGGGCCGAGUUCAGGAGGCCAUCAUCCACUUCAGAGAGGCCAUGCGGUUAGCGCCUUGCAGGCUGGACUGCUAUGAAGGUCUGAUCGACUGCUACCUGGCGUCCAAUGGGAUUCGAGAAGCGAUGGGCAUGGCGAACAAUAUCUAUAAGACUCUGGGGGCCAACGCACAGACUCUGACCAUCCUGGCCACGGUGUGCCUGGAAGACCCGGUGACUCAGGAGAAAGCCAAAGCUCUGCUGGACAAGGCCCUCGCUCAGAGGCCCGACUACACCAAGGCUGUGGUGAAGAAGGCCGAGCUGCUCAAUCGGGAACAGAAAUACGAAGAAGGGAUCGCGCUCCUGCGGAAUGCGCUGGCCAAUCAAAGCGACUGCGUCCUGCACAGAAUGCUGGGAGAUUUCCUGGUGGCAGUCAAUGAUUAUCAAGAGGCUAUGGACCAAUACAGCAUCGCUUUGAGCUUGGAUCCUAAUGACCAGAAGUCGUUGGAGGGCAUGCAGAAAAUGGAGAAGGAGGAGAGCCCCACGGACGCCACGGUGGAGCUGGACGGCGACGACAUGGAGGGCAGCGGGGAGGACGGCGAUCUGGAGGGCAGCGACAGCGAAGCGGCUCAGUGGGCCGACCAGGAGCAGUGGUUUGGGAUGCAGUGACCCAAGGGUCAUAGAGGAGCCCUCAGUUAGCACACCAGAAGCCUUCAGUCGCUGCAGUAGUUAAACUCCCACCCCGCCCCCUGGUGGCACCCAGGAGGUGGUGCAGCUGCUGGUUUCUUAGAAGACCCUGGUUGAAGCAGUUUGCAGAGAAUAAAACACUGAUCAACCUUUGAACCCUGAGGUUUCUGUUGCUGUACUUUACUUCAUAGAGCUGCUGCUCACUUCUACUGAGAUUCUGCAUAAUGCAGAGCUGAAAAGCCAAAACCGUUUCCCCAUCGUUCUGCCAACGUCACCAGCUUCAGUCAGAGGCUGCUUGAGCUUUAUUUACCCGUUCCAGUCACUGCAGCGGUUUAAGAAAAGCACCCGGCAUCCAAACACACAGAAAAUCAGCAGAUCUUUCAGUUUGUAGCAAGAAAUGUAAAGAAAAAAGAAAUGACAUCUUUUUAGUCUCUAAAUUAUCAUAUGUUAGCUUUUCUGUACUGUACAAAACUAAAGCUAACUAUUAAACUGCAGUCUGCUCUAUUCCGAGGCGUUUUCAGGUUGUUAAACGAUAGACGCGUAUGUUCUAAAAAUAUUAUUUUUUUUUUUUUGAGUCUGACCUGAUGUCCACAGUGCCACACCAAGACAUGUCAAUAUGCCUGGAGUUUGUGACGAUUUUUAAUAUUUUGGCUGCUUUUUAUACAUUUCUUUUUUUGUCUAAUAUCAAUUUCAAAUAUUUUAUGGGUUUUGCCAUAAUAAAUGUGCUCUGUGUGUUUUGACUGUACUAAGAAAAAAAAAGGAAAAUAAGCCCAUAGUCAGCUGAUUGCAUUGUAAAGUUUCCCUAAACAAGCAUAUAAGUGAAAUGUUUAUAUUUUUGUACAUAUUUUAAUAAAUGUAUAAUAAACCUUGUAAAGAUUCUGGCAUGCA